GCGGCCCGUGUUGGUUCCAGCUGACCGGGAGAGAGAGAGGGAGAGAGAGGGAGAGAGAGGGAGGAAAAUAAGAGCCAUCACAUCUAUCUGACUCUCAUACUACUGGAUAUUAUUAUUUUUUCUGCGGCAUCUCUUUAUUUCCUUCAUCUUGCAUUUUUCCCCCGCUCAUAUUUCACCUCAAACUUGCUUUCGGUGAUUUUUUUAUUCUUCAGUUUUUUAUUGUUAGAAUUAUAAAUUUUUUUCUUUCUUCCCCUCCGGUCUUGGAGACUUCUCCCUCCGCCGCCGCUGCUCGACUCUGUUCCGCUGCUUCUAAUCCUCCGCUCGGUUCUGAUUCUACCGCUUUUACCGCUGCUACAACCGGAGCGGAGCGGACCGGGCACCGACACCGGGAGGAGGGAGAUUGGACUGUUGAGUUUGAGAUUAAAAUAAAAAGCUGACAGCAACUCCUGGAGGAUGCACUAGAUUCCAGCCAACAUGGUGCCAUUUUGGAGAUAAUUUUUUGACAUUUUAUUGUUUUUUAUUUCCUUGAUGGGUCGCGCGGAGCUGCUCAGGUGCACAUCUUGAGCGUCACCUGUCCACGCGCACCUUUUUGACGGCGCGCCUCCCAGUCGCUCGUUAAGUGGAUUACCGUGAUCCCGGACGGUCCUCUCCUGCAGGUUGACAUCUCCUCUUCCUCCUCCCCUCACCUCUUCACCCCCUCCUCCUCCUCCUCCUCCUCCUCCUGGAGUUAUGUCCAGGCCUCUCGCUCAGCUCCUGCCUCCGGACCUCCCCGCCGGGGCUACCAGCCCCCAGUUCGGGGCCACGAACCCGGCCGGAAGCGGCCCCCAGAGCGGACACCUGACCUCCAUGACCAACCUGAAGUCUCUGCUCCAGCUGCCCAUCAAGGCCGACCAGAGAGGGACCAAGGACUGCUGCGAAAUGAAAGACAAAGACAAGCCUCUGGACUCCGAUGAGGACUCGUUGGGCGUCAACGCCGGAGGGCCCGGUGGGGUUGGAGGGACCCCAGGGUCCGGAGCGCUGCGACCCAACUCCCAGUCCGCCUUCCUGGGGCCCCUGCUGUGGGAGAGGACCCUGCCGUGUGACGGAGGCCUGUUCCAGCUGCAGUACAUGGACCUGGAGGAGUUCCUGACCGAGAACGGGAUGGGGAUGCACAGCAACGGGCCCAGCUCCGCCAGCGCCCAGAUCCCCUCCCAGAGCUCCCAGUCUGCGGUGCCCAACCAGAGCUCCCAGUGUCCUCCUACCUCCCCUCCACCCUGCUCCUCUUCUUCCUCCUCCAUGUCCUCUUCAUCCUCCUCUUCCUCGCUGCUCGGAUUGGAGACCGUCCAGCCGCAACCGCCGCCACCACCGCCACCUCAGCAGCAGCAGCAGCAAAGCAUGAUGGGAGGAGCCGAGUGUCUACACGGCGGUCAGGCGGUGCCUCAGGAUCCGUCACCGUCCUCCACCUGUCCUCCAGGACCUCCAGGACCUCCGGCCGGCGCCAACGGCAGCAGUGACAUCAUGGUGAACUUCGACCCCGACCCGGCGGACCUGGCGCUGUCCAGCGUGCCGGGUCAGGAGGCCUUCGACCCGCGACGACACCGCUUCUCCGAGGACGAACUCAAACCGCAGCCGAUGAUCAAGAAGGCCCGCAAGAUGCUGGUCCCCAACGAGCAGAAGGACGAGAAAUACUGGAGCCGGCGCGUGAAGAACAACGAGGCGGCCAAGCGCUCACGGGACGCCCGGCGGCUGAAGGAGAACCAGAUCUCGGUGCGCGCCGCCUUCCUGGAGAGGGAGAACGCCGCGCUGCGCCAGGAGGUGGCCGACAUGAGGAAAGAGCUGGGCCGCUGCAGGAACAUCAUCAACAAGUACGAGAACCGGCACGGAGACUUGUGAGGAGGACGAGGAAGGAUGAUGAUGAUGAAGAUGAUGAUGGAGGGGCGGGAGGGGAAGAGGAGGCGAGAGAGAGAAGGGUACAAGGCAACCCAACAACAGCAGCACUUUAGUUGAAGUGGCGAGGGGAGGGGAAGGCCGGCGUAGAUCUGCAGUAAGCGCCGCGCGACACCGGGCGCAAAAAACUACAAAGUGUGUUUCAGUGGCGCUCGCUGUGCUUCAGGAUGUCACGACGGGAAAGCCCAGCGGCGCCGUUUUGUCUCUUUUUUUGGUCGUUUUUCCCCAGUUUGACUCUCUUUGUACAUGCUGCUUGGCUGAAAAUCCACACCAGACGUACUGUAUCACCACCUCGGCAGCUUCCAGCCACCCUCGGCGCUGUGCUUUGCGCCCGGUGUCGCGAGGCGUUUUUUGCAGGUAGUGCGUCGCCGGCCGCUGCCCUGGCCAGUUCAAACAGGGUGUUGAAUUCACAAUAUGCCAGUGAAAUCUCACUUUUUAAGCUCAAGGCAUGGACACAAAAGCCAGGGGAGGUCAGACGUGUGAUUUUUUUCUAUAAAUAGGACAAAUAAAACAGAAAACAUGUAUAUUUUUGAACUGGGCAGGAAGGCAGAGACUAGUCCAGCAUUAAGGAGGAAGAGGAAGAGGCGCGGGGGUUUUCGUCCAUUAAAGAGAUUUUGACAUAGGAAUUAUUGUAUAUUUUUCUAUUAGCAGAGGUAUUCAGGAGGAGGAUUUUGGAGAUAAUCUUUUGUAUAUUUAUAUAUGGGGCGGGGAGGGGCUGUUAGCUGGACAGUCACGGGGCCACAUAAAGCGCUUUUCCUCCCAGCUGUUUAUCGCUAAAAUGACAAAUGAUCUAUUUUCAUCUUUACAGAGCUGGUUGGUGGGAGGCCGAGGUGUUUCAGAGAAUGUAUCACGGUUGAAUCAGGUAUUUCACACGGUGCGAGACAAGGCGAGGUAUCUUAGUAACGAUUGUUUUGGGGCGACGCGGCAAGGCGACGGGAGGAAAAACAACAAAUCUGUAUAGUUUUAACGAACUUCUCUGUGUCCGUUUGUUUUCCUCGUGAGCUCGUUGAAGCACUUGAGUUAUUCUCUUCUAUUUGAUUCCGUGUCUCGAUUUGAAAUAAUAAUCGCAGGGCUUUCGAUUUCUGUUGUUUUUUUUUUUCUGGAAAGGCGAAGGAGUAAUUAGCCAUCAGAACAGCUGGAUGUGAGCAGACGUGUGGGAGGAUUUCGCUGGCAGGUUUAGGUCGGUGAAUGUGUCUUGCUCACGUGUGCACACACACAAACUUUUUGACACGAUUAUCGCGGUCUUUUUCUCACUUCUGUUCGCUCCUCGGAAGUGCAAAAAUCUUCUUUUUUUUGUUGUUUUGGACGGAACAGUGACUGAAACCUUUCGGCAUGCACGCAGACACACAAAGACAACACAAACACACACAGACACGCACAGCCCUCACCCGGUUUGAACCCUUAUCGUCGUCGUUGAUGUUGUUAUGGACUUCUAUGGUGCUGAUCUGAUCCGAUCCUCACACACGUUUAGACAAAAAGCCACAUAUGCAAACACACAAAAACAACACUUCCGCCAUGUCAGACACACAGUACUGAACUGCCUAUACCCUUUCUUUGUCUUUAAUUCCUUCUUUUGAGUUUAUCUUUUCUUUCUUUUGUUGCAUAUUGUAUUGAUAAAUCGUAUAUAGAUUUACACACACACACAAAAAAAAACACGUGUCUAUACCUCUCCUUCAAACUUUACCCAAUGAGAAAGAGAAAUGCACCCUACUGCUACUGUACCAUACAACUGUACUAUUGAAUAUUAAACUAUUCUCUCACUUGAUAUAUAUGUGUAUAUGAUAUAUGCUUGAAAUAUGUGAUUAUAGUUGUAAUAUACAUGAUUGAAUAUAUUACAGAAAAACCCAUUGGAAUCAUUUUGUCGGUUUUUUCUCAGGUGUUUUUGUCUGAGGUAUAUUAAAUACGCAUAUUAAAGAAAAAAAAGAGAAAAACACACAAAAAAAGGAUCCGAUCACAGAGUUUUGUGGUUUGGUUUAUUUGUUGGUUUUAUUUUGAAAGGGGGGGGAGGUUAUUAUUAUUAUUCUGUUUUGUUUUUCCUGUUGGAUUUUAUUGCUCCGGUUUGUUCCGAACUCACCAGCAUGGGACUGAAAACUUUUCCCACCGACCAACCGACCAUCCACUAAGCCCCGCCCCUUCCCUAGUUACUGUUGCUAAGCGUGUCAAGCUUCGGAUUCACGUCACUUUCGUACAGAGUGAAAUAACGACCAAAUGAAGGAAUAAUUACAACUUUUCUGAUUUAAAACAGCUUCUGAAGUCAUCUUUCCGUUUUUGAGAAAGUUUGCUUUCUUUUGCUUGUUUGAUGGUUUUUUUUGUGUUAUUUCUUUAACGUUUUUUAGGCUCUUUCUUCAGCUAACGUAGCCAACAUGGCGGACUUCUUCACAGUUAGCAGAAACGACCUAAUUCACAUUUUCUUUGAAGUUUUGUGACAUUUCAAAAGUUCCCAUCAAAUUUUAAUUAAAUGGAAACACGGCUAAUAAUUGAAUCAAUAGCAAGUGAAAUAGUCAUGUUGAGCUAACGUCAACUUUGUGACGAUGCGAUCGAGGCGUCCACCAAUGGGAGCGAAGGAUACCACAAAACUAUGCACCAUUUCAAUCUAUUAUUAAAUCUGAAGCUGCUUUUAGUCACAGUCUGAGCUGUGACUGAAGUCCAUUGGAUAUAUGCUGCAUGCACUUUUAUUAAAAAUAAAAAACUCAUAUUUUUAUGUUCAUUAUGAUUAUGUCUUUACAAAUUCCAUAAUUAUUUAUUACAGAAACUUAUUAUUCACUUAUUAUUAAAAAUUGACUGGAUAUCAAAAAAUAUUGACUACGAUGCAAAAAGUACCGCAAUUAUUCGUUGACCCGUCCAGAAUGACUUGAAAAUGAUCAAUAAUUAGGGAAAAUGAGUAAAAAUGAAUCCAGAAUGACAUUAAAUUUGUCCCAAAUGACUUGAAAAUUAUCCCAAAGACACAAAAAUGAUCAAAAACAAUGAGAAAAGAUUCAAACUGACAUAAAAUUUGUUGAAACUGAAAUGAAAAUUGUCCAAAAUGACUUGAAAAUUAUCCCAAAGACACAAAAAUGAUCCAAAGUGAUGUAUUAAAUAUAACACCAUUAUAAGAGAGAAAUUCCUCCAUUGCAUUUGCUGCUGCGAAUGCAAACUAUAAAAACUACACACUCCUUCAGUCCAUUAUUAAAUCCAAAGCUUGACAUGCGCUGCUUGAAGUGACAGUCUGAGCUGUGAUUGGUCGGUCGGGGUUUAACGGACGGUACUUCAUGUUUUUCUUUACAGAUGAAACUAAAACCUGGUUCUUGUUUUGCCUCACAGCCACACAUGAAGUUUUCUGAUUGUUCUUUCUGUUCAAUGUCUUCUCAGUCGACUUUCUUAAGGUGGAAUCUGUGAUUUUAUGAUCACCUAAACUCCUUUUGAUUCCCGCUACCGGCCUUCACUCAAUUUCCCAUGAGCCCGUUGGCGGCCGGCACCAUCCACAGACACUGAACCCAGCCCCAGGUGCAUCAUGGGAGUUGUAGUCGAUCCUUGGUUCUGUUUUUUUUCCCCCCUCCUUUCUCCUCGUCUUCUUUUUGGGAUUCUGUUAAAACCUGAGACACAAACUUUUGAAUUCAAAUCCCUGGAAGGAAAAGUCUCAGAGCUUCUCACGUGAGUUUUUUCUUUUGAUAUCUGGGAUAUUUGGGGAUUUCUUCACAGAAGUUUCAGAAACUUUUUGACAGUGCUAUUUUUCUAUGUACCUGUGUUGUUUGAACGUGUUCCGACGUUUCUUUUUUCUGGCCGACUCUUCUCGCUGGUGGCAGUGACAGUUUGCUGCUGUACGGUAAAAACGGCAUUGCGGGUAAAAAUGACGACAAUAACAAUGAUGAUAACAGUAAUAAUAAUGUACACAGCCUUGUUAUUUCUUCUUCAACUUUGUGGAUUCUCAGCUAACUUCUCCUUGUUGUGACUGACUGUUAUGAACUACGAGUCCCAUGAGCGCAACACUACCCCGACUUCUCACCAGUAUUGUGUGCUGUCCACGGGGACGAUGGCAUCUGUGGUCUUUUUUCCCUACAAACACCAAUAAAGGCUAAUCCUUAUUCACCGA